AUGAAUGCUUUGGCUUGUGCAGACGAUUCUGUCAAAAGUGCAAUGCCUUCGUAUUUUUAUUUACCGCCCCUAGAUGUUUCUGAAGCAUUUCCACAAGCAACACCAGCAUCAACGUUUCCUCCUUCUGCUUCAGAUUAUUUUCAAUUGGAUGACUUAUUGACAUCAGAGGAACAUGCCCUUAGGAAGAAAAUAAGAGAGUGUAUGGAAAAAGAAAUUGCCCCAAUAAUGACCGAGGCAUGUAAUUGUGGAGCCUACUGGGAGAAGGCCAAGUUCCCAUUUCAUGUUAUUCCAAAGAUUGGUGCAUUGCACAUUGCUGGUGGCACGAUCAAGGAUUAUGGUUGUCCUGGUCUUUCUAUCACUGGAAGCGCUAUAGCUGUUGCAGAAGUUGCAAGAGUUGAUGCAAGCUGUUCAACUUUUAUUUUGGUCCAUUCAUCCUUGGCAAUGCUCACUAUUGCAUUGUGCGGAUCAGAAGCUCAGAAGCAAAAGUAUCUGCCUUCUUUGGCACAGUUGCAUACUAUAGCAUGCUGGGCUUUGACCGAACCUGACUAUGGAAGUGAUGCCAGUGCUUUGAAGACCACUGCCACAAAGGUGGAGAGGGGAUGGAUCCUUGAGGGCCAAAAGCGGUGGAUAGGAAACAGUACAUUUGCUGAUGUAUUAGUUGUCUUCGCUAGGAAUGCAACAACGAAUCAGAUAAAUGGAUUUAUUAUUAAAAAGGACGCACCUGGUUUAACAGUUACAAAAAUAGAGAAUAAAAUUGGACUUAGAAUUGUACAAAAUGGUGACAUUGUUAUGAGAAAAGUUUUUGUCCCUGACGAGGACAGAAUUGCAGGAGUAAACUCUUUCCAGGACACAAACAAGGUGCUUGCUGUUUCACGUGUAAUGGUUGCUUGGCAACCCAUUGGUAUAUCGAUGGGCAUCUAUGAUAUGUGUCAUAGGUAUCUAAAAGAGAGGAAACAAUUUGGAGCUCCAUUAGCAGCUUUCCAAAUCAGCCAACAGAAACUUGUCCAGAUGCUAGGUAAUAUUCAAGCUAUGAUUCUUGUUGGUUGGCGCCUCUGCAAAUUAUAUGAGAGUGGUAAAAUGACUCCAGGUCAUGCUAGCUUGGGCAAGUCAUGGAUCACCUUGAGAGCAAGAGAAACAGCUGCUCUGGGGCGAGAAUUGCUUGGUGGCAAUGGAAUUUUGGCUGAUUUUCUUGUGGCAAAGGCAUUCUGUGAUUUAGAACCCAUCUAUACCUUCGAAGGCACGUAUGACAUUAACACCUUGAUUACAGGUAGAGAAGUUACUGGCUUUGCCAGCUUUAAACCAGUUGCUCAAAGAAGUCGAUUGUAG